AUUCGUUCCAGUGGUUGCGUGGCAAACAACAUGGGUUGGCCGACCGCCGACGCGCCUGACAUCGCGAUGACGCUUGACGCCGCCCCUCUCGACAAGGCCGUGAAGAAUCUCAUUUCUGAGGCUUCCGUAGUCUUCGCACGUCUCUCGAGUGGUUCCACUUCUGUGCAGGACGCUGCCUGUGCCUACCGAUCGGCACUGCAUACAUGUGUGCGGGACAUGGAAUGCGGUAACGAGUUGUCGGAAGUCGUGAAGGCGUCGUUGGCGUUGCUACAUCUGUGCGAGAUCCUGUACUUGUCAAACUCGUCCACACUUCUGCCGUACGCGUUUGGAGCAUGGAUGCAAGAGCACUAUGGGUCGGUGGAACUGGAAGAGUUGGACGACGCAUUCCUUCAGCUACAGGGGCACGUAUCUCUGGACAUGUCCGACGACGAUGCUGCGUACUGGCCGACAAUCAUCCAGCUUGUGGUCUCAGGAAACGGGCGUAAGGCAUGGGAGCUUCUUUCCCGUACCCUAUCUUCGUUGCAUUCGAAGUACGCCGCUUCCCUUGAUAGCAUUCGCCACCUCCUUUUCCACAUGCCCACGACGUCAUCCGAUGCAUCGUUCAACUGGGCCGCCUGGCAUGAUGCAAUCGACCAUCUUCUGCACAACGACCCUCUCGUUCUCUCCGACUCCCACAUUCGCCUGCUGCUCGAGUUGCUGUCUGGCCAGCACUUGGACCAGCACGCACGCAGCUGGCAUCAACUGGUUGUGGCAAAGUGCUUGCUAGAAGACCCGAAGUCGCACCUGUCGUCGGCAGCGACUGGUCGCCGCAUCGUCCAGCGUUUGGAAACUGCGUUCCCGUCGGCACUUCCUCCAUUUGAGCAGAUCGUGUUGCUCCUGCUUCAGUACGACUUGACCACCGCCUUGGACCACAUCCAUGACCUGAGCGCAGCGUCGUUUCCGUGGUUCCUCGCACAUUUGUCCGAUUUGUUGAUCCGGCAGCGCGAACUGGCGCCGACAGAAUCGUUUGUGCUGGCCUUUGUGCAGGCAUCGCUCGUCCCGACAUUGUCGUCGAGGUCCAGUCUGUGGCCUCUCGUGCCUCUGUACUUGGAGCAGUGCCCGUUAAAAGGUGGCGCCCUGAUCUUAGAGCUGGUGCAUCGACUCCCUGUUGAAUCGGACUACACUGCAACGAAACUCCUGGAUGUGUGCGCCACGUACAACCUCCCCAAGGCCGCCGCCGCCAUUGCGACUCGCCGCGGACAGUGGUGGGAAUCAAAGCAAAAGGUGGCUAUCGCCCUCACGUGGUACCUUCGUGCCAACAACGUGGACGGCAUCCAUGCGCUGUGCGAAUCUAUCGUCCAGAAUCCGUCGCAGCACGGCCAGCUCGAAGCCGCCGCCAAAGUCCUGUCGACCGAAGCGCCCACAUUCUCACCGAUUGUGUCGUUCGUGGUGCAAUACUACAACGUGACGUUGGUGCUGCGCGACUUGACGCACUUGCAACAAACUGCUGACGAUUCCUCGACCAACUCCAGCCAUCCAAAGCUCCAUGUCGUGCAGCGCGACGCCGCGCGCCGCCUUGGUGACCUUUGUACACAAUGCAACAUCCCUCGCCACUUGUGGCAUUCCACGUGGGCAUCGAUCGUCCCGCUCGUCCACUUGUCACCGCCCGUGUUUUCAAGCCACGAAUUGUUCGGGCUGCUCGAAGCCCUGCAAGACCACGAGAUUUCUCUGGACGGGUCUGGCACCGAUGACAAGAGCCUCGUUGCCACCUUGCAACACGCCAUCGCAGUGGGGUUGAGCCAGACGAUGCUCGUCGAUGUGUAGGGUAUCGCACCCUCCCAUGAAUCCUAACCAUUGUCGAUUCCGGCAUAUUCAUCCAUGAGACGCGGAUCAGCUCACGAUGGCAGGUGCCGCG